AUGUCUGACUAUAUUGCCAACACCGUUCCUCAGUUGAAGGAACUUUUGAAAGCUAGAGGCUUGCCUCUUGACGGGAAGAAGGCUGAUUUGAUUGCCAGAUUAUCUGAAAGUGAUGGAGUGGCUGAGGCUCCUGCCGAGCCUCAGCCUGAAAUAGAGGCCACUCCAGCGGAACCUAAACCCAAAGACCCAAGUCCCGUGGCAGAGGGAGAGACUGCUGUACUGGCCCCAGCCGCGACUGAGGCAGUGGUAGAGAAGCCAAAGGUCUUGACACCAGAAGAAAGAAAGCUGCUCGCAGUGGACUUAUUAACAAAGAAGAUAAAGAGAGCUGAAAAGUUCGGAGAUGAAGCUUCUGCUGAAGCCUCCAGAAAGGACUUGGCCCGAAUUGAGAAGUUUGGGGUUGAGCCGGGUACCACGUUGGCGAAGGAAAUAGGUUUGGUUGAUAAGAGCUUCAACAGUGGUCUUGCAGAGCGGCUGUUUAAGAAGAAGAAGAACACUAAGUUUAAGAAGUUCAAUCGUCGGAACUAG